AUGGUUCUGGAAUUAUGCCUUUCACAACCGAACAAUCAAGACACGGUAUUCGGCAAUCUUGUCAGCCAACUGGGUUUCAAUUCAGUUGCUUUUUGGAAAAUUGCUGUUCCGCUAGUUUAUGACUCAGAUUUGUCAUUUGGAACUCAGUACCGGGAUUCACUUUUGUUCUCGUUGGCUCUUUAUGACGUAAACAAUAGCAAGAAUAGAUUGCGUGAAUUAUAUGCGGCUGUGCCAGGAGUACGUCAGAGCAUGCUGGGCGUGCAUGCAAAGAAAUUUGGCGAGAAAUAUCGACAUAUUCAGAUGGUUCGUUCCCGUGCCAACUCGCGGAUGUCAUCUACACAUGCAUCGUUGGAGGAUCUUCUGUCUCUGGAUAAUGAUGCCGUAGAAGAUGGCCAGUCAGAUGGAGCCAGUGAAGGAUUGUCGGCUGGAACUGGAGUUGCAGGUCUAACCAACACUACUCAUCACAAGCAAAGGGUGAUCAAUGUGUCGAAUGCCCCGCCGGUGUCAAUUCAACGAAAAGGAAGCGGAUGCUGGGAGAUUAAACAAGGUUCUGGCGGUCUGGUGUCAUGUGUAGAUCCGGUGAUGUCUGUAGAUAAGGAAAAUAUUUGGCUCUCGAAUCUUGGCAUCAAUCUUGGCAAAGAUGAGUUGGAUGAUAUGGACGUUCCUCCUCCGUCGACGAACUCUCUUGGUUUACCUCUAAUAAAACAAGCCAGGGCUGGUGAAAUUUUCCAUGUACUUGAGGAAAAUGACAAGAAACAGGAGCUUACUGACAAGGAGCAACUUGUGGAAAGAGAUAUGUCUCUGUUAUCUGUACUCCACGAUUAUAACAGAGCCAACUAUCAGCUCAAUCCCGUUUUCGUGAAUCAGGAAGAUUACAAUGCUUACUAUGGUGGGAUCAGUAAUGGGCUUCUGUGGCCAGCACUUCAUAAUUUAGCAGAGUACAUCGUUAAAGAAUAUGACGAUCCAGCUGUGCUUCGUGAACAUUGGUGUGCGUAUGUGCGUGUAAACUACCAAUUUGGCAUCAAUGCCGCUCGUAACAGCCGCCCUCAGGAUUUCAUCUGGAUCCAUGACUAUCACCUCAUGCUUACUGGUCAGAUUAUGCGCAGUUUGGACAGUAGCCUUGAAGUUGGCUUCUUUCUCCAUAUUCCAUUCCAACCUCCACCGGAAUUCAUGACGAAGUACAAGCUGGUUGCUGAUCCCAUAUUACGUGGUAUUUUACGUUUCACAAAGGUCGGUUUCCAAACUCACCGAGAUCGUGAUCGUUAUGUCCAGAUGGUGAGGGAGUACAUUCCCAGAGCCAGAGUACAUUUCGACAACAGAAUCGACAUAUUCACCGUUACCUAUGAGGGAUGGACGUGCUCUUUGGGAGUGUUCCCUGUAUCGAUCAAAAAUGAAGAUUUUCUGUCGAUUGCUAAUGAACCCCAGUGCGCCAUAGAUGCUCAGGAAAUCAAAAAAGAUGUGAUGGCUAACAGCGGUGAAGGUGGUUGCUUCUUUUUCUCUGUUGAAAGAUUUGACUACACGAAAGGUAUCAUGGAAAAGUUGAAAGCCUGGAAGAGGCGUGCUGUUGAGUCGUAUAAGAGGUACCAGGAUAGCUGUCUUGAGUUGGCUAAAGGAAUCAAUGAGACGAUUCGAUGUGAAUCACGUCCAGACUGGAGACCACUGCGUUUUGAAACCGAUGGUCUGCCCCGUUCUCGCCUUGUUGCUCAUUAUCUUGCCAUGGAUAUUGGUGUCGUUACUCCAUCCAAGGACGGUAUGAAUCUUGUGGCAAAGGAGAUGAUGGUUUGCAAUCCAUCAGCUUCCCUUGUACUUUCAUCAGGAGCAGGGACUGAGGUGCAACUGGGAAAUGCAGGUUUUUACUCGGAUGACAAGAAAUGUUAUCAUCGGGUGGAUGACAUCGCAGACAUCGAGAACUUUGCUGAGGUAUUCUAUCGCGCGGCCACCGAGACGCGCGAAGUUCGACAAGAGCAUGGUGGUCGACUCAAUCAGUUCCUGAAAAGUCAUGAUAUUGAUGAGUGGAGUACUGCUUUCCUUGAUCCUAGCUGGACUCACGAAGUUAUUCGACCAACAGAGAUUCGUCAAAUCGCUGAUUUCUACAUGUUGAUGGCGCAAACUGCUCAAAUUCGGCGUCAAAUCGUCGAAGUCGUCCUUAAGGGUAUGCCCAUUCGACCACAUUUUGCUCUGUCGCUCGAGAAUGCUAAGAAUUCGCUCGAGAAUAGUUGUAUGGCGGAUUCGAACCUUCUGGUGUUGGAGACCACUUCACACAGUGAAGAUGCUGAUGGCGCUAACACUCAUGCCACGUUUGAUAUCAUUGAUGAGCUGACUGAGCUUCAAAAGGACCUGGCAUUCUUGUCGUUCAUACAGUCUGAUGAAACCAAUAACGUUGAACAGUUCAUUGAUACUCUUGGCUCAUUCCAUCCAUCAGGACCGACUGCCUUCGCUGCUGAAGUAGAGAAAGCUGCCGCAUUGUUGACCUCUGGAGACCAUUUCCACUACGUGUUCACCGACAGGGAUGGUACUUUGAAGAGUUACUCGUGCUCGUAUCCGACAAGUGUGCAGCCUGCUUACUCUGCAGUAAUUCAGGCUCAGUUUGCACGACGUUGUGCUCAGUUUUGUGCGAUCGUCACGACAGCUCCACUUGUCCACAUUGGAAUUCUCAAUAUGAGUACCAUGCCUGAAGGUUAUUACGCAUAUGGUGCUUCUGCUGGUCGUGAAUGGUACUUCAACCCGGCUAUGCAGUUCAAGGAUGACAGCGUUAGCGACGCUGACCUCAUGCUACUCAAUAAAGCAUUCGAUAUGGUCGAGGAUUUACUGGAAAAUCCGGAAUAUCGAAACUUCACUUGGAUUGGUAGUGGACUACAGAAACAUUAUGGGCAUAUCACAAUCGCCAAGCAGGACGUUAACAAUUCGAUUCCUCACAGGAAGAGCCUGCAACUGUUCGAUGAAGUAUCAAAGAUUGUCAAUGAAGUGGAUCCUUCUGGAGCAAUUCUUACGAUUAGGGAGAACGAAUAUGACAUAAAAAUCUAUACGAAGGCUAAAUUAUCGGGUCGGAUCUUCAAUAAGGGUCAUGGAGUUCGUCUUAUCGAACGAAAGAUGGGCAUGCAACUUCAAGACGGUAAUAUACUGGUUUGUGGUGACUCUGAUACGGAUCUUCCUAUGUUAGAAGAAUGCCUGUCUGUCGCACCUCCGAACGUCUACACCAUAUGGGUGACGAAGGAUGAAGCACUACGAGAAAAGGUAACACAAAUCUGCGCCCAUUUCCACAACAAUAACGUGGCGUUCGUAUCAUGUCCUGAAGUGCUGCUUGGUGCAAUGGCUCAGGCUACAGUACGUGAGCUAAAAGUACGUGGUGGUGACCUGGACGAUGACAAUGACAUCUGA